AUUCUGUAAGCUGAAAUGACCUUUCCUGUCUGUUUUCCUCAGGCGCAGCCUUACAUGCCCAACGGUGCACCUCACCCAGGUGUUGCCCCCGGCCAGAUGGCCAUGCAUAUGCCUAAUGGCAUUGCUCUGAUGGAGUCUCGUCGUCCUCCUCAUGACUACCUCCCCAUCGCCGUCCUCACCACUGUCUGCUGCUUCUGGCCCACAGGAAUAAUCGCCAUCAUCAAAGCCGUGCAGGUGCGUACUGCUGUGGCUCGAGGUGACAUGGUUACAGCAGAGAUCGCCUCGCGUGAGGCACGUAACUUCUCCUUCAUCAGUCUGGCGGUGGGAAUCGCCUCCAUCGUGCUCUGCACCAUACUCACUGUUGUGGUUAUCAUCGCCUCUCAGCACCAUGACGAUGACUGGGAGCCCUAGAGAGCGCAGCGCGGGACACACCUCCUCAUCCUGACCCCAGGCCAUCAUUCCAGUCGGUAUUCUGCUUUUUCUGUCACACUGCACAGUUCUGAUGGCUCAAGCCACCACAACUUAAUCUGCAGUGGAAAAUACGCUUUUACAGUCAUUUGGCCCAUGUAUUAGUUACAAGAUAGAUUAAUGGUACGGUAAAUCCGAGUGAGGGGAACACAGAGCAUCUACCUUGUUGUUAAGCGUGUAAGCUCACACUCACAUCAACCUACCUGAACACUUCCUGUUUCUCCUAAACUAAAGCCUGUGUUAGAUCAGUAGGUAGAAAUAUAGUAUACUAAAGACUUGAGUCAUGUCAGGUGUUAUUGUUUGCUUUUAGAAUUUGCCAAAAACAAAAAGGAAACACACAAGUAUUACAGGAACAUAAUUUUGGUAUAAUUGUGUUUUUUGACGUUCGAAAACAUUCCAUGUAUUAUUUUUGCCAUUUAUCUGUUUAGAAAGAUAAUAUAUUUCUUUGCAGGUUAACUUGACAAAUUCAAACACUGAAAGUGUGGAUAAAUUGUGUUUUCUAUACACUAGGUAUUGAAAAGUGUAAAAUAAUGUAUUGAAUAAGCUGAAAGUAUAAUAGACUUUUGGAAUAGGUUCCAAUAAAGAAGAACUGGAAUUUCA